UUUUCCCACGCGCCAAAUCUGGGACAUCGAGAGCCUGGGGCGAGCAUCGUGUAUUUUCAAAAUGGAAGACAAGUUGGGCGACCGACCGAGCAUUUAUGUUUUCAUUGUUAGCACUAUUAUACGACAAGCGGACAAGACAUGAACUGAGUUUCCAUACCUGUCCAGUUGUUUCGCAUGGAUAUGACAUGUUCUGUAUACCAGAGAGCACAUGGCGACAACAGUUUGCAUUCAAUUUCACAAACUUUGGAGAUAGUGGAGAAGAUCACUCUAACUGGAUACGGAAAUAUCAGUGACAGCUUUAGACUUAUCAACCACAGAGACUUCAAAACUUGGUAUAAGGAAAUUGGAACAGGGACAGCACUGGUGUAUAAAUAUCACCCUCCUGAAAUAAGACAAGAUUCUAAGAGAAGUAUAACCUCAUUCAAAAAUAGUUUAUCAGAUCCUGGACAGUUAGAGGAUCUUCAAGAAUUCUGCCCUGUGUACAAUAAACGCAUUCCUUCUAUUGGCCACAAUGAACUUUCAAAUGCAUUUAAGAUUACGCCAAAUGAUUGGUCAUCAGAAGCGGUAAACAUGGCAAAUCAUGUGUGGUGUGCCUCCGCAGUGUCCAGGAAGGAAAGGCAAAGUGCAAAAACCUCUCCUUGUAAUAGUGAUAACAAUCUUGUGGUGGCUUGUAGAGAAAAAUAUAAAAUUGGAGAUUUUCGUAGGGGAAAGUGGAUAUUGAAAGAAGGUUUAUCUAAGAAAAGCCUCAGUAUUAAUGUUUGUUGGAAAAAGCUCUGCUUCCAGAUCAAGAGGGGUGAGUUCCCUCAUUGCAAUGCUAGACUGCAGCUGGAGGCAAAGGAGAUAUGGAUUUAUUGUGACUUUUUUAACUGCAUGGAGAUCUUCCAUGCCACUUGUCAGUGUCUCCCUGGGAUUGAAACCAUGUCUUUCCAUGUGCACCCACAUGGGGCAGUCAUCAGUUUAUGAACUAUAAUGCGCCAGGCCCACAUAGUUAUAAGCCCCACAUGUGAACAGCCCACAUAGCAAGGCAUUACUAGAUCCAUAUGGCGUUAUAAGCCCCACAUUUGAACCAUAGUGCUCCAAUUCCAUAUAGCAUGGCAUUACAACAAUAAGAUCCAAUGGUAUUUUAUGCCACACAUGAUAUUACCAGCUCCAAAUGGCAUUACAAAAGAGAAUGCUUACCUACAUCACGUGCUUGGAAUUAUAGGAAUUGUACUGACGAAGUUCCAUUUCUAACCCAUGAUUUAAAUAGGGGUGAAGUCUGGAUGAGAAAUUAUUCAAAUUCAGCAGUUUUUUCUGUUCUCCUCUUAUUGAAAAUCUGAUGUUUUAAAGACACCUUCCCCCCAGUUGUCAAAUCGACCGUCCCGUCCUGGUUCCUUGUAGUGUGCUUGUGCACACUUAAUUUUCGCGUCACUUUAACUUUGCGAAUUUCGAGAUUUUAAAGGAUUCGCGAAAAUAAAGUGAGUACACAAGCAGGGUGAAUAUUGGCCGUUAAAUAAGCUUUAUGGAAACACCUUGUCUAUUUAGUCAUCUAAUGUACCUAUAGUACGGUAAGGGGUUGAGUUGGACUUUUUUUAUUAAACUAAAUUUAGCCUACGCAUCUUUUUGUUACAAAUUGUUUCAGUGUUGAUGAUUACAACAGAUUUUAAUUCCACUUGUUUUGCUUGAUUUUAUUAUCCCGAAAUCGCGAAAAUAAAGUGAUCUGGUUUUUAGGAAAAUCGCGAUAAUAUAGUGUCGCGAUAUGUAGCCAUCUCAAAAUCGCAUAAUUUUGACGUCGCGAAAAUUAAGUGUAAUAAGGUAUAUAUAUCCAGUAUCGCCCUCUUCCCUGUAUCUUCCAUUUCAAAUAAAUGAAUUCGCGAAUUUAAA